ACAGCCCCCUCCUGUUUUUUCCAACCACGGGUAAAGGUGGCUUUUCUUUUCUUUUCCUUCGUUUUUGUAUUUUUUUUUUCCCUCCCUUAACCCUCAUCCCAGUUUAGUCCGUGGGCAGGACUCGCAUAAUAAUAUUUCCAGUCCCAGGAGCUCGCAUCACAGACACGAACCCAGGACCGCCCCCCCUUCCCCCUUUUUUUCCCUCCCAAUCUCCCAAAUCGUUUUAUUAUUAUUAUUUUUAAAUGAUCGCUCCUUUUGCGCGCUGCUCCCGCUGCUGCCGAAAUCCCCGUCUUUCCAGGUUGCAUGCUUCUGGCAAGAUUGUGCAGUGUUCUCAGUCCAUUUCCAGUGUGUCUUAUCUUAAUUUGUCCUGAUCCGAUCUAAGCGCGAUAGCCACCACUUGCUUUCAAUUUGUAGGACAUUUUUUCCUCUCUUAGUUUGCUCCCGACUACCCUCGGACUAUUUCCUUCGCUCCUUGCAUUUCCAGGGUUGCAAUUUACUCUGCCUGUCCUUUUUUUUUUUUUUUUUUUUUUUUAAUUUUUUUUGUAACUCCUCUUUUGAAUUGCUUCAUGUUACUAACCAUUCCUAAAUUGUAAGAAAGAUUCAUUCCCCCUCCUCUUCCACCACCACCACCACCACUACCACCAUCACCUCCUCCUCCUCCUCCUCCCCUUCUCUUCUCCUUUUUGGCAGCACCAGGACGUCCGGUGUGGUGGUGGCAGCGAGCAGCAAAAGCAGCAAGAGCUCGUUUUGAUUCCCCCCCCCUUCCAAGGUGCUUUGGAGAGACUGGUUUCAGGCUGAGCAGCAGAAGUCACGAUGAGUGCACAAGGUGAGGGACCCGGUCAGCCUUCCACUGCUGCCCAGGAGCAACCUGCAACCGCAGAGCCUCAGAAGAGAGGACGAGGCAGACCCAGGAAACAACCACAAGAACCAACUGGUGAACCAUCUCCUAAAAGACCAAGAGGAAGACCCAAAGGAAGCAAAAACAAGAGUCCCUCUAAAGCAGCUCAGAAGAAAGCAGAAGCCACUGGUGAAAAGCGACCUAGAGGCCGGCCCAGAAAAUGGCCUCAACAAGUGGUUCAAAAGAAGCCUGCUCAGGAAGAGACUGAAGAAACGUCCUCACAAGAGUCUGCAGAAGAAGACUAGGAGAUCACACCAUGCAAUUUCUACCUCAUCAGCAGUUGGGUCUUUUGAAGGGAGAAGACACUGCCUUGACCACUUACUUUCUAUUGCCAUGGUCUUUCCACUUUUGCCUGGGGGAAAAAAAAAAAUCACAUAACCUUAAAAAGGAUUCGACUAAUCAUCUUCUUUUGUAAUCCCUUCACAGUCCCAGGUCUAGUGAAAAACUGCUGUAACACAAAGGGGACACAGAUUAACGAUGCAACUUUUAAUUACUGUUUUCUUUUUUCCUAACCUACUAAUAGUUUGUUUGAGCUGCUAAGUAAGGGUGAAUGGGUCAAGAAGAGCUCCAAAUCAGGCUUAGGUCACUGACUGCACUGCGUAUAAACAAGAAACUUGUAACAUGGUCAUUAUAAUGGGCAUUGAAAUAGGAAAGGCUGGGUGUGUAACACUUAUGCCUUGCAACACUUCCAGCAACCCACUCCCUGCUUAGUGAACUCCCUGUUUUAGAACACCAAAGAUAGGGGAUAGAUACUAUCCUUUUUCUUUUGUAACCUUCUUGUAGACUUGUACUUGAUUUUUUUUUUUUUUUUUUUUUUUUUUUAAGACUUACUAUUAUUUCGGGAAAAAAAUGAAAGCUGAUCUUUUCAUUUCAUUCAGCUGGUAAUCAGAAGAAAGAAAUCAACAUGAAAAAGGUACUUUCAUUUUGCAAAAGGGAAGAAAGACAAAGAUACGUUGUAUAGUUACAGAUACAAACAUAUCAGCACAAGCAGUAGUAAACAAAAUGAACAGUCCUUAUCACCUGGCUAAUAGGAAUCCAGGGAGUUGGCUUUCUUAGAGCCAGGAGUUUUCUAUGGAAACAAAAAUGACUGACACCACUCUUACACCAUUAAUGAGUAAGUCUUUACUGAUAAAAGUGUUUUAAAUCGUACAGAAAGGUACCUAGAAAUUAAUCAUAAAUAU